AUGCUUCACAAGAAAAACACUCCUAAAAAAUAUUGGGUCGAUUUUCUUAGCGAAAGGAUAUGUUUUUGGGCUUCUAAAUUUAUUAAAAGUUUCUUUAUUCUGCGGAAGUUGGAUUCUAGAUUCUAA